GGCUCCACCCACGCGCUGCGUGCGGCCGCCCCCAGGCCGUAGGGGGAGCGGCCACCGGGCCCAAAAAGUGACUGCUGGGGGUCGGCAGGUGGCCUUCGCGACCUCGCCAUGGCCGCGGAUGGGGCUGUGCUCGCCAGGCUGUUCAUUCUGGGUCCUUAUUCUAGCGCCUCGUGGGCCCCGGUGAUGACAAGAUUCUUUCUGAGUAGUUCUUUGAGGAGAGCGAAUUCUAGUCAAGGACAGUCUGAACCAAGCAAGCAAACACUUAAGAAGCCCAAGUUACCACAAGGACGGUUUGAUACUCCAGAAGAUUCCAAUUUAGAACAGGAGCCCCUAGAAAAAUUUCCAGGUGAUAUCAAUCCUCUUACAAAGGAAAAGGGUGGCCCCAAAGGCCCUGAACCUACUCGAUAUGGAGAUUGGGAACGAAAAGGACGUUGUGUGGAUUUUUAGUGGUCCAGCUCUUGACAGACUGGUCUCUUCCUCUGAAUGUAGUAUAUUUAAUUUAAGUUCUACAUGUUUAAUUUCUUUGUGUUCCUUUUUUUUUUAACUAACAAAUCAUCCGAUUUGGGGAAUGUCAGUCCAAAAAAGAUUAAGUUUUGGAAGUAUUUCUGCAUUAGCACAUUUGUUAUUACAAAUUUGUAAAUAAAGAGAUGAUGUUCAGGACUGCCUGUUAAUUUAUCAGUUAAAUUAAAAUUGCUUAUAUAAUAAGUUCUAUAAUUUAAUUUUUUAUGGGGCUAAAGUGGUUCAUUGUUUCAAAAGGUCUUACUGGAACAUAAAAUGUCAUAAAUCCCCAGAUAUAUGUUUCUGGGUCUAGUCUCUAGUCUUUCUAGCUGAAAGAUUUGGAAACAAGUACUUGAAGCGCCACAAUUGAGAUCUUAAGAAAUAAUUAUGUAACUUAUGCAAAAUAAUCCUUUUCAGUUCCACUAAUUGAGAAUUUGUGAUAAUUUGAACAAGUAAAUUAGACUAUGCCAUUAUCAUCUGCAAAGAAAGGUUUUGCCAAGCAAACAAUAGCAUAACCAGCAUUUCAGUUAAGCAAAUCCUGAUUGAAUACCUUCUCUUUACCUGACACUGUGCUAGAUUGGGAGAGGGGGAAAUAACAAAAGGAAAAAGAGGCCUAGUCCCUGGCCUUCAGGAGCAUAUGGUAUACUUGGGGAAAUAACAGUAUUGUUUUCCAAAUUGCGGGCUGUACCACAUUGGUAGGAGACAAGUCUUCUGUCUGUGGGGUCAGGGAAUGUCGAAGCAGUAACCAAGAUUAUUGGAUGUUUUUAAAUAUAAUUCUUGAGUUAAUACAUCCUUUUAUUUAAUUGGAAAAAAAGUUCAAAUCAAAAUCGACAUGUGGAACUAGCAUCAAAUUCUGGAUAAUUGGUGAGGCAGUGUGCCCUAACAUAGGUGACAUGCAGGGAAUAGGUAGUCACGUGGAGAAAGGACCUGGUCCUUACACCAGAGGGAGGGAUUGGGUACUUUUAUCCCCCAGUGCUGCUUAAGUGCUCCCUACCAGCCCUUCUUAUGGCAGAUUGGACUGGAGGAGGCCAGUUAAUUGGCAUUUGGACCAUGAGCACAGCCCUUCCCUCUGGUGGGGGUUCCUAACCUUUUAACAAUGAAAUCAGUUCAUUGAUUAUUUUAUAUUUUAUCUUUUACUUUAUGUGUAAGUUUUGUUUUUUUUGUUAUAAAAUUGUGAUAAAUACUUAAUUUUACUUGAAUAAAAUGCAAGCUAAGAAAAAA